AGGCCCGACCGUAUUCCUCUUUCGUCUUUGUGUCUGCAGAGAGAGGUGUCAAGGAGUGAUCAAGGGGCUAGAAACAGUUGCUACAGGUCUUAAAGAUGCUCGUAGGAUUUGGAUUUCUCUGCACAGCUUGGGAUGCUUGAGAACUGCCUCUGAAGGACCAACUUUUACCUCAAAAACGUCCACAUUUCCCUACCCUUUCACAGGGCUAGGUGUGAUUUGCGUAGUUUUAUACUUCGAAACCGAAAUCUGACUUUGGUGUGAGGUUUCUCCGGAACAUGCUUUCCCUGUGCUUGUUCCUGCUUCCUUGCCUGAGCUUCCUGCCUUUGGCCCCGGCUGCAAAGGGCCUGGAGUUCCCCCAGUAUGACGGGAAAGACCGUGUCCUAGACAUUAAUGACAGGAACUACAAGAAAGCCUUGAAAAAUCACAGCAUGGUAUGCAUGUUCUACCAUGGGCCCAUGUCAGACAGCAAGGAGCUUCAAAAACAACUCCAGAUGAAAGAGUUGGUGCUGGAGCUUGCAGCUCAGGUUAUGGAGGAGAAAGACAUUGGGUUUGGAAUGGUAGACUCCCACAAAGAUGCAAAGGUAGCAAAGAAACUGGGCCUGGAGGAGGAGGGCAGUGUGUAUGUUUUCAAGGCCGAUCGGAUGAUUGAGUUUGACGGCUUACUCUCAGCUAACAUUCUGGUGGAGUUCUUGUUGGACCUGUUGGACGAUCCAGUGGAGGUUUUAGAAAAUGCUCUGGAGCUGAGAGCUUUUGAUAGGAUGGAGGAAGACAUCCGCCUCAUUGGCUACUUCAAAAGCGAGGAAUCUGAGCACUAUGAAGCAUUUAAAGAAGCUGCAGAGCAGUUUCAGCCCUACAUCAAGUUCUUUGCCACAUUUACGAAAUCUGUUGCCAAAGAGCUGACUCUGAAGAUGAAUGAGGUGGAUUUCUAUGAGCCCUUCAUGGAGGAGCCAGUCACCAUCCCCGGCAAGCCUCACUCUGAGGAGGAGCUGGUGAAAUUUAUAACUGAACACAGACGACCAACUCUGAGAAAGCUGCGUCCAGAAGAUAUGUUUGAGACCUGGGAAGAUGACAUUGAAGGCAUCCACAUUGUGGCUUUUGCAGAGGAGGAGGACCCUGAUGGUUUUGAGUUUUUGGAGAUCCUGAAGGAGGUCGCAAGAGACAACACGCACCUUCCUGACCUCAGCAUCAUCUGGAUUGACCCUGAUGAUUUCCCCCUGCUGAUCCCCUACUGGGAGAAGACCUUCAAGGUGAAUCUGUUCAGACCACAGAUGGGAGUUAUCAACGUUACUGAUGCUGACAGCGUGUGGAUGGAGAUGGACGACGAGGAGGAUCUGCCCACCGCCCCGGAGCUGGAGGACUGGAUCGAGGAUGUGCUCUCUGGCAAAAUCAACACUGAGGACGAUGAUGACGACGAUGAUGAAGACGACGAUGAUGAAGAUAACGAUGACAAUAAUAAUGAAGAGGAUGAUGAUGACGACGACGAUGAUGAUGAUGAUGAUGAUGAUGAUGAUGAUGAUGAUGAUGAUGACGACGACGACGACGAUGAUGACGACGAUGAUGAUGAUGAUGAGUAAUUCAUAGUCUAAUCCUUGUGAAUGUUGACUUUUCUGCUCAGUUUUUUCCCCUCUGGUUAGGUUUACCAUGGAUUUAUUACAAAUUAGUGUACAUAAUAAUUAUUUUAACAAAUAAACAAUAUCAAAUUUGUAGUGCAAAUAGAAAUAAAUAUAUUUAAUGUUAAAAAAAUAUAUUACAAUUGACAUUGUAAAUAAGCCUGGAAUGGUUCCUGAGAUUGCAAAUAAAAUACAUUUAUUCAAAGGUUAUAAAUACAGUGAAAAUGUCAACUAUCCCUGUCAUCUAUUAAAAUAUUUAUUUUAAACCAUAACACUUCAAGAGAAAAAAGUACUCACUGAAACGUUUUCACAGUCAAACUAAUAAUCUGAAGGUUU